AAUGGGAAUGAUGAUUGCCCGACUGUGUUGAAAUUGGCGGUUUAUACUUAUCUAAAUUCAGUGAAUUGUCAGCCAUAGAAACAGAUGCAAGUUCUUAUUAUAUAAUAGUCGUUUAGUAAUUUUACAUUAGAAAAACUCGAAAUGGUGGACAAGGAUGCUCUAAACUUUCCAAAGCCAAUGAAAUAUUCAAAAUCAAAGGUUUUCAAUAACGACUUUGUGCAACCAAAAACAUCUUUAUCUAAAACGUCAACGGUAAAGGAUGAACCAACUUCUGAUGGUGACAUCUCAGUUGGAUUAGCCGAUACUGAAGUAAAUCACAGUGUAGCCGAGGUUAAUGAAAAUACUGUAUUUGCUGAUAUAUUAGGUGGCGUGGGAUUGCAAAUUGAUAAUAUUUUAGAAGAUAAAAAAAAAAUCGUUGAAAGUUACACAGCCGCCAUUACUGAAACCCUAAACGAUAUCACCGAAAACGUUAAAAAAUCCCGACAAAUUACAAGACUAAAAUUUCUUAGUCAGGUGAAUAGAAAAAUUUGUCAAGUGAAACCUCAACUAGCGUUAGCAAUAAGAAACGAAAAAGCGAUUAUGAAGCAGUUGAACGUCUGUGGAGGAGUUCUAAAGGUCAGAAGAAGUAUGCUACAUGAAAAUUAUCCGCCACUUAGAGCAGGCAUUAAGAAGUAUGUACAGUCUGUCGAAGGAUCACAGAGAAAUUAUCAAAAUCUUAUGGAAAAGAAGCAAGCAUUAGCUAAAGCAAAUAUGGAGAAAAUAGUAAAAGAAUUUUCUGAAGCUUUUACAGUUGACUACAAGGAUUCUCUGAAAAAGCGAUGUUAA